AUGCCUUUAGGAGAUCAAUCGCCACAACAAGAAGACGAUUACUUGACCAUGAGUUCAGACGACACAGUUCAGUUCACCGACAUAGGCUCUGAUGCCGGUAAUCGUGGCCCGAGAGAACGCAUCUUUGCCCAGCCUCCGGUGACAAUCAAUGUGUUUGGUGCUGGCGCAGUAACUACAGGGGGAUCUGACAUGGGGCAUACUGCUGCUACUAUCACUACUAGUAGUACUGGCAUAACCGGUAGCAGUGAUUCCGUUAUUUCGCGCCUGGAGAGCCAAAUCGCAGUUCUAUCAUACAAAGUCGAGCAGCUUGCUUCACAGAUCAACUCAGCGCAGCCACAGCCUGGACUUCAGGUUGACAGCGGGAUGUGGCGGCGUACAGAGGGGGUUCCAGCAUUACAGCGUAUCACCUUUUCGAAGAGAUUUGAGUCGGCGCCAAGGGUCAUAGUGGGUAUAUUCAAAGCGGAUUUAGAUUGUAACAAGAACUUCAGACUCAAUGUGUACGCAUCAGCCAUUGAUUCGGAAGGAUUCACUAUUCAUGCCGACUUUUGGCAUGAUACGAUCCUAUACGAAUGUGGGGUCUCAUGGGUAGCUAUAGGAAAUGGGAAGGGAUAA